UAGCAAAGUCACCACUACCUGUACGUUCGCCAUGAUGUUUGCGAAAAAAGCUUUUGUUCUGGUUCUAUUUUUCUUACAUGGAUAUGGGUGCAGUCAAGAGUACAAAAUAACCGACCAGAUCUAUUUCGACGUUCACGUAGAUGACGGUUAUUUAGGGAGAAUUGUUUUUGGAUUAUUUGGUGAAGAAGUGCCAAAAACCGUGAAGAAUUUCAAAGAAAUUGCUUUGAAUGGGAUAGAUGGAAAGACUUAUGUCGGCACGAAGUUUCACACUGCGAUCGAAAGACUUUUGAUUCAGGGUGGUGAUAUCCUUUAUAACAAUGGCACCGGCUUUUCAAGUAUCUACGGAAAGUAUUUCGACGAUGAAAACUUCACCAUAAAGCCAGACUCAUCGGGACUGCUUGUUAUGGUGAAUCAUGGGCCAAAUACUAAUGGGUGUCAGUUCUUCAUAACCACAAUGGCCAUACCAUGGAUCGAGGACACAAAUGUGGUCUUCGGAAAAGUACUUAAAGGAGCAGAAGUCGUUCAUAGAAUAGAACAUUACAAAACCGAUGUGAAUGACAAAAUACUGAGGAACGUAGUUGUCACUGGUGUUGGAGAAAUCACAGGAGCACCGUUCUAUGAACCGUCGAAAAAUUACGAGUUAACACUUUGGGCUUGGAUCAAAGCUGGUUGGUUUCCUCUAGCCUGGUCCUUCACAAUUCUGGCAUUCUUUCAAAUGGUCAUCAAGAGACUAGAUAGAUAUAUCGAAAUCAAGGAAGGGGUGUUACCAACACAAGAAAAAGAUAAAAAAGCAUAAUCUACUGAUAAUAUCUUAUCAAAUGUAAUUUAAUAAAUUACGCAUUUUUUAAUCACUACUUAGGAGAAAAAAGCAAGGAAUGUAUUUAGAUAAUUAUUCUUUCGGCUCCAAUAAAAAAACUAUAAUAUAGA